GCACCCACAGUUAGACCAGCUUGGUGAAACAGACCAUGCACCAAUUUCAUUCCAGAGGUAUCUGAAACCAGCAUACUUUCACUGCCUACACUUGUCCUAGGCUCUGUAAAAGACCCAGUGUUUGCCUGAUCAACACUGCCAACUUUCCACUCUUCAACACGCACAAUAGCACAGACCAAUACACCAUGGGAAAUGAAACCACAGACUACACCAACUGGCCACUCACAACAGAAUUUGACUACGAAGAUUCGACACCAUGCAUGGGAACUGAGGAAAAGCACUUUGCGGCAAAAUUUUUGCCACCUCUUUAUUCUUUAGUGGUGAUAUUUGGCCUGAUAGGCAACAUGCUUGUUGUCCUUAUCCUGGUCAAAUACAAGAGACUGAAAAGUAUGACUGACAUCUACCUGCUCAACUUGGCAAUUUCUGAUCUGCUGUUCGUAUUUUCUCUCCCCUUUUGGGCUUAUUACGCAGUUCACGACUGGAUUUUUGGGGAGGCGCUCUGUCGAAUUCUGUCAGGUGUCUACCUCCUUGGCUUCUACAGUGGCAUCUUCUUCAUAAUCCUGCUGACCCUGGACAGGUACCUGGCCAUAGUGCACGCGGUGUUUGCUUUGAAAGCCCGGACAGUUACCUACGGCAUCCUCACUAGUGUCAUCACUUGGGCUGUUGCUGUUCUUAUUUCUGUCCCUGGGGUAGUAUUUCACAAAACUCAGAAGGAAAGUUCAGGCUAUACUUGCAGUGCUCAUUAUCCAAGUGAUUCCAUAAUAAAUUGGAAGUACUCUUUUAUUCUAAAGAUGAACAUUCUGGGACUUAUUGUUCCAAUGCUCAUUAUGAUUUUCAGUUACUCACAAAUUCUAAAAACAUUAUUGAGAUCCAAGAAUGAGAAAAAACAGAAGGCAGUCAGACUUAUUUUUGUAAUCGUGAUUUUUUACUUCAUCUUCUGGACACCAUUCCAUAUUUCUUCUUUUUUGCAUACAUUUCAAAAUUCACUUUUCAUCCCAAAUUGUGAACUUAAAAGUCAGCUGGAGAAAGCAAUCCAAGUGACAGAAACAACCUCAAUGAUCCACUGUUGCAUUAAUCCUGUGAUCUAUGUAUUUGUUGGAGAAAAAUUUAGGGCAUAUCUUUAUAUCUUUUUCCGAAAGCAAGUCGCACCUCACCUUUGCAAAAAAUGUCCAAGUCUGUAUCGUGAAAAGUUGGAAAGAGUCAGUUCGACAUUCACACAAUCCACUGCGGAGCACGACAUCUCUACUGGACUGUAA